AUGGACCACCACCUUGUAUGUCCCAGGCGAGCGGAGAGGAUAGCCGACUUGGCCAAAACCUUGAUGGCCGUUGGUACAAGUCUGUCAUCUGCUCUCAUAGACACUAUGGACUGGCGACUUAUCGAUCCUGAAGGUGAGAUGGGACAUAAAGGCAGAAGAUGGAUCGAUCCUGAAGUACACAAUCAUCCUGCUGCUGGCCCGGACCCUGCUGGGCUCUUGGUGAGAAAUCUUGAUGCGGACAAAACGUUUGAAGACAAUGCCGGUCGACCUGAGGCUCUCAUCGAUCCUGACGGUCGAGAGUACAUUGCGCCUCUCAAGCGGAAGACCCAAAUAAUCGAGGAAGAGUUACGUCAAGAAGCUGAAGAAAUUUCACGACUAUUGAAUCCAACACAUCAUAACGUCACCCCGUUGGUAUGCUUUAUGACGCUGAUUGGAUGCAUUUUAGUUGUACUAUGUGGAGUUUUGCCAGCAUUACUACUUCCGGAGAACAGUAGUCAAUACCUUAGCACCUAUGAAGGUAAACGUAAUCUCAAUAUGCUUCUCGCAUUCGCCGUGGGUAGCCUUCUUGGUGAUGUCUUCCUUCAUAUCCUACCUGCAACUUGGGACAACAGCGACGGUAGCUUUGGUCGUAUGGGACUGUGUACGAUGAGUGGAUUGUUAGCAUGUCUUUUUAUCGAAAAACUUUGCAGUACAACGGAGAAAAGUCAGCGCAAAAUUUGUGCCAUCAUGAACUUGGCAGCAAAUAUGGUUGAUAACUUUACCCAUGGCUUAGCUGUUGGUGCCAGUUUUUUGAUAUCACCAAAGGUAAAGUCACUGCCUCAAUUGGUAUAUGUUUUUGACUCUUAUUUCGGUCGGCUUUUACCCUAA